AGAUGGAGCCCGAAAGUGCGUCUGUCCCGCUGCUAGGCGAGACACAUUUUGAAAAUAGUAAAAUUAGCGCUCUAGAGUCGGCCUCUGUAACAGACGCUGACACAGUUAAAAACACUCAUAACACCUAUAAAACCCAGAGUGAAGUUGUGGUGAGCUCCAGUGAUGCACUGAAAAGCCUCUUUGGCAGUGACUUCUGUCAUGUGUGCGGGGCAGUGCUGCAGUUUGAGUCUCAGAGAGUCUCGCAUUAUGAGGGGAAGAAGCAUGCUCAGAAGGUGCGACUGUACCUGCAGACAAAAAAAGAUGAGGAACGGAUGAACAACGAGUUUGUGGUCUUUCAGCAGAAGGACGGGACAGUGGACCAGGACCGGUUCUGUCAGCUCUGCAACAUGGUGUUCAGCGCCCCGGUGGUGGCCAGGUCGCACUACGAGGGCAAGGUCCACGCCAAGAACCUGAGGAAGCUAGGCCUGCAGCCCGUCACCCUCACAGCUCCCCAGACAGGCGACCCAGGCCCCCGCGGCGCCCCCCUGGCUCCCGGCUCCCAGGAGGAGGGAGAGAAGGAGGAGACGGAGGAAGAGCAGCGGGCGGCCGCCGGGGAGGAGGUGGACCUGAGCGACCCCAACAGACACUGCCGCCUGUGCGCCGCCUCCUUCAACAACCCGCAGAUGGCCCGGCAGCACUACAGCGGCCGCAAGCACCAGCGCAACCAGGCCCGCUGCCACGCCCUGCAGGAGAUGGAGGAGCGCGGGCAGCCCGGCGCGCACCUCGAUUCCCGCACCUUCUCCUGCCCGGUGUGCAAUGUGACGCUCAACUCUGUGGAGAUGUACCAGGCCCACAUGCAAGGGAACAAGCAUCAGCAAAAAGAGAUGAAAGUGGCGGAUAUGAUCUGCAAGUCGCAGAAGAAAGUGUACGACUCGUUCCAGGACGAGCUGGCCGACUACAUCCAGGUGCAGAAAGCCAGAGGCCUGGAGCCCAGGACCCGGGGGCCGGGGGAGGAGGGGAACGAGGGAGAGGAGGAGCAGGAAGGGGAGGCCUUCAGCGGCAUGGCAGGACCAGCGCCGGUGGGGGUUCCGGCGCCCCCUCCCUCCGCGCUCUUCCGCCCUCCGUCCUGGUGCCCUCCGUUUCCGGCACCUUCCCCCCGGCCGCGCUUUGGGCUCCGCGGCCCCGAGGGGCCGGCCUGGCGGAGCGGCUUCCGGCCCCUGGCCCCGCCCCUGAUGGCGGUCCCCGUGGCGACGGGCUUCAGGGGCAGGCCGCGCGGGAGGGCGGCGGCCGACGGCGGGUACGGGCGGGACAGGAAGCGCCGCCGCCGGACCAGCCGCGACCGAUCGAGCUCCAGCGACGACCAGUCCUCCUCCUCCUACUCGUCCUCAUCCUCCUCCUCUUCCUCCUCCUCCAGCACGAGCAGCAGCAGCAGCGACGACUGCAGGAGGAGGAAGAGGAUGAGGAGCGGGAGGAGGAGGAGAGACGAGGACUCGGCUGAGGAGGAGAAGAGGAGGGAGAGGAGGAGCAGGCGGCUGGGGAGGACGAGCGGGAGAUCCCGGGAGAGGAGGCGGGCGGAGGGAGCCCAGCCGGAGAGGAGGAGAGAGGGGGAAGUGGGGCGGGAGGCGCAGGUGGAGGGGGGAGCAGUGCAAGCGCCGGGGCUGGUGGAGGAGGUCCGGGCGAAGGAGCCCCCGCCGGAGGAGAGGAAAGGAAGAGCGAGGGCAGAGAGAGGCCCCGUGAAGGAGGGCAGGCACAAGCACCACAAGGAGAAGAAGAGAACGAGGGAACGGGCGGAUGAAGCGGACACACGGACGGAGGAGGAGAAGCUGUGGGACGAGUCCAUCCUGGGGCUCGUCUGACGCGGGUCCGGCCGUCGCCCCCGGAGACAGCCGGGCUGCCACUUCUUUACCGGUUCCCCACCUCCGCUGGCCGAGACCCUGCCCUUCAGCAGGAGGCAAACCCUGGAGCGGAGUGUACUCUGACUCGACCGCGCACUAACCGCAGACUGACUCCUUCAUUUUGUAGCUAUUGACGUUUGCUGAGAUGUAGCACACUUUUCUGCACAGAACGACCUUCAUUAAGCUCUGAUACUUGAAUCCACGGCUGUGGAGGUGCAGCCCCGAACCUUUCACUUGCAUUUCCUACUGCCGGGACAAACCAGGAACAGCCAUCAGCCUCCCGUGUCAUUUUCUCUGACGUCUCGUAGCUGGCCAAUCGGCUCUUAUUUCUGAAUCCCUAAGCUUUGUCAGGUGACUUGACAACAGUAAAAAAGAAAAAAAACAACUAUAGUUUCCAUUUGUGAGCUAGGUGAAAGGAUGUUUUUGUCACUGAUUACAUUUCUUUAUUUAAGAAGCGCUAACUCGUGCUAUUCAGGAGUUUAUUGAGGAAAUGUAGGCCAGAUUAUGUCCGAUCCUCCUUUUUCAGUUCAUUAAGGUGAGGUGAUGAGGGGUUUUUUAAUUAACUGAAUUUCAAAGAUUUUCUUGAAUUUAAAUAACAUUGAUUCCAACUCUGGUGAAUAAGCCUCCACAACCCUGUAGAUUUAAGCUACAUGGCCAUUCUCAUGCAUUUUGUCAUUGAUCCUGUUAAAACAUUUAACGUUUCACAUGGAACAAAACAACACCACAUUUCUGGCAUUCCUUGAUGAGGGUUAACUUCCACACACACACACAUACACACAUGCACACACACACACGCACGCACGCACACACACACAUGCACACACAUGCACACUCAUACACUCACACCUACACACACACACACACACACACCUACACACACACACACACACACGCACGCACGCACACACACAUGCACACACAUGCACACUCAUACACACAUAGUACAGGGCAUGCUCAGUUGAACUGCAUAUGGAUUGUUUAUGUGGUUAUGUUAACAUAAACUAAACAGAGACAUCUUUUCCUACUGAAGCUGAGUAAAUAACGUUUGAUGCUUUUUUGUGAAAGCUGGAUAAAUACCUCUUGUGGACAUUAAAGGAGUAACAGUGAAA